AUGACGGUCAUUGGCGAUUACGCCGUGUGGCCCGCUGGUCUGCCGUGGAGCGCCACCACGUUGCUCUUGGCUGCAGUAGCCGGCCUCACGUUGGUCGUGUUCGUCGCAGCUCUAGCAUCCAUCGUGCCACCUGCCCCGCUAGCAGGUAUUCCAUCACCUCCAGGCGACUUUUUGACGGGCCACGUGUACAAGCGCACGGCGAAUCCACCCAAACAAUUCCUCAAAUGGUCUCAAGAGUUGAAGAGCGGAGUGUUCCAGAUUCGACUUGGACGCAAACGCGUGCUGGUCAUCAAUACGGUUCGCGAAGCUCACGAACUGCUAGCCAAGCUGGGCGACUCUUUCUCCUCCAGACCUACCCUCUUCACCUUUCACCAACAGGUCGUCAAGGGUCAAUUUGUCAAGCUGACUCUGGCCAGCGCACCUUGGGGUGAGGUCACGCAGCGCAAACGCAAAGCUGGCCUGCCCCCACUCAACAAUUCGCUCGUGGAGAGCUAUGUUCCCUUGCUCACAGUGAUGGGCAGGGAGCUCAUUCAAGGACUGCUCAGCGACUACCGAGCAUCCAACGAGAGGGUAGGAGAUGGUCGGACUUGGGCUGUGCUCGAUUCUGCAGACACGAUUAGGAGAUUCACUGUGAGCGCUUUCCGCUUUGGUUGCGUGUGAGCGCGCGCGCGCGCGCGUGCCCCGCCUGACCAUUCAUUCGCACGUCUUGCAGCGCAUGGCGGCAAUUGGCGUCAACUUUGGAAUGACGCCAAAGGAGGUGGACGACUCGUGGAGGGAAUUGGCUGCCACUUGGACCAACGGAUAUCAAGAUCCCACAAAGGAGCAAAUCGAAGCCGUUACGCCGGAAUUGCUGCACGAAAUGUCUACCUACAUUGGCAGAGGCUCCGAGUGAGUGCGGAGUGCGGAGUGCACUGCACUGCACUAGUGCAAUCGUCCACCGCUGAUUUUCCUCCCCCUCCCCCCCCACCAGCGUACGCUCUCAACACGGCAUGCCUCAGGACUGGCUUCCUCCCCUCAGAAUCUUUGGCCGGCCCGAAGAUGGGGAUGUGUGCGAAGCGGUGCUCAAACUGCGUACCAUCUACAUGAAUCGACUCUUGAAAGCGCUAAAGCAGCGUCAAGCGGAUGGAAAGGAUGUUCCGUCGGUGUUGGGCAACAUUGUGCUUCAAGAGAGGGUCAAGCUGAAUCACGACGAGAUGAUUAGCCUGUGCAACAGCAUGGCCGCCACGGGACUAGACCAGCAUUUCCACUCGGCAAUGCAAUGGGCCAUUGGCUUUCUUGCUGCUAAUCCGCAAGCGCAGAGCAAAGCUUACGAUGACCUUUUGCAGCAGCACAAGGGCGAGCGUUUUCCAGACUUUUCCCAAGCCAAGAGCGACUACUUGAUGGCCACCGUCAAGGAGAGUCUGCGAUUGAGCACUCCCUUGCGUCUCAGCAUGCCUCGUCUUACCAACGAAGACGUCGUCUGGCGUGGCAACAUCAUUCCAAAGGUGGGUGCGGGGGGGUUGAGAGUGAGGGAAGCGGGGGCUGAUUCGCGUCUGUGCUUGCGCUGAUGGUGUUACCUGUGCCUGCCGCUGAUCGAUUCGCCGCUCUCAGGGCACCAUCAUUUCCCUCAAUGCGCACGCAGUAAAUCGCGAUCCGUCUCGCUUCAAGGACCCUGAAAGGUUCGAUCCGGAGAGAUACAUGUCCGACGACGCCACAUCUCGCAAGACGUGGCUAGUGGACAAUUACAGCUACGGUAUAGGCAAGCGAAUCUGUCCCGCGACGACUCUGGCCAAUCGAGAAAUCUACAUUGCCCUCGCUCAGCUCAUCUACUUUUUCCAAGUGGCCGACGCAUCUGGAGCUGAUGGGACGACGACGACGACGACGACGACGAGGUUUGAUCCGGAUGAGGAUAGCGAUAAUCCGAUUCAUUUUGCUACGGUACCAAAGAGGUUCAAGAUCGCUUGCAGAGUCAGGGACGCUCAACACGUCGCCGACUGGCUCUCCAAGGUGCACGACGUUCAGGUCGGCGUCGCUGCUUGA